AUCCUUCAUAGUGAUACCAAAGAGACAAUGACGUCUGUCAUUGGUGACGCAAAAACUCUCUUCUUUUUACCUUCUGCAUUACGUCCUCGUGAGAAUGGCCAGUGGUCGAGUCAUGAGCCAGGGGCUCUGCCACCUACCCCUGUCAAAUGCCAAAGCACUUUCAGGUCCAUCAGGAAACCAAUUUCUCAGGCCCCUCCCUUUGGCACAAAGACCAAUCCCAUAUCUGAACCCUCAGACGAACUGAUAAAGUCUGACAGGGCCGCUCUCCUUGAUCAUGAGCAGUGCAAACAAGCAAGGCCCAAGAGCAAAGAACUUUUGCAGAUGUACAACAUGGAUUCUCAGCAGGAUGCCAUCGAUCACAUCCUUAAAGGGGUUGAAUCGAUUCAGAACCUGAAGAGUGAUACCGUGGAGGCACUGCGAAACGCAAUUGUUGGAAGGAUGGUAAUUGACAAAUUCAAGGUAUGUGACAAAUAA